AUGUUCAGUAAUUUCUGUUCGCGCACCACCACCACUGUCGGCAUGGCGUCUCUUGUCACAGCAAUGGGUUGGUCCAAUGUCGUCCUCAUCUUGACCGGCGAUGAUGGCAAGAUCCACGAGUACGGUACCGCAGAUCAUCACUCCUUCCGCAACAAGACCAUGUAUCUCAGAGCAUGCGCCAUGUUCGAGAACAACAUCCCAGUUCUCCACUCCGAGGUUUUUAACAACGUGGUCGACAGCAGAAGCACUAAGUUCGCUGUUACAGAUUUUGGCGAAGUGGUCUUCUUCAAUUUGGGCUUCAAGCACGGAAACCAGCAGGUGCCUACCAUCUGGUAUCUCCGACUUAAGCUCUCAGGACACAAGAUCACGCCCGAUUGGCAAGGCGCGGACGUCAGUAAGCUCAGCAAGGAGGGCAAAGCUUGCAUUCAGGGACUCGACAAGAACCCAGACGCCGAGCUCGAGAUCCUCCUCACCAACGAUAACGCCGACAGCAUCCCAAACCUCUACCAGCUCGAGACACGGUGCAACAAUAUACUCAAGAAGACCGCCCCGACCGCCACCCCAGCCGCCAAGAUCGAGGUGAAGAAAGAAUAUCAGGAGUUCAAGGUCAAGAUUGCUGUCUCGAAGAAGGUCCCAGUGAAAGCCGCCAGUACUGCACCAGAAGAACAGGAGAAGAAGUCCCUCGAGCCCCGUCCCGAGUCGGAGAAAGUCACACCCAAGAAGCGCUCGAGCGAGGGGGAUGCCCAAGAUCAAGGCCCAGAGAAGAAGAUCGCUCGGGUCAGCCCAGCUACCAAGGCAUACAAGAGUGCUCGACAGGAGCUCUUCGACAUGUUGAAGAGCCUAGGUGUGAUUCAGAAGCGGGCGCGCCUCGAUGAUUUCACCGAUCAGGAGCUGAGACUGAGGAUGGAGAGGGCCAUUCGAGAGCUAGAGAAUGGUAUGGAGAGGGUGGAGGUCACCGCUUGUGAGGCGCUGCAGGAUAAUGCUUAG